AUGUUCGACUUUGAAGACGACGCGUCAACACGCGAGAAAUGUUUCACCUCGGUCACUGAGCUCCCCGCAUUCGUUGAUCCGAAGCAGAUCCCGUCCAAAAAAGUGCCUUUCUCUACAAUUUCUAAUCACCCAUUCGUGCACACAGUUGAAGCCAUUCUCCCAGAGGAGACCUACAAAAGCAUUCACGCAUCACUGGACGCUAAGUUGGAGAGGCUUCAGUAUGCUCGAGUAUUUAUGUAUCCUGCAGAUCUGCUGGAGCAUGAAUUUUUCAAUGCGUACAUCAAGAGCGGUACAUUCUCCCCCUUGAAAGCCCUUGACGAUGUCGUGCCCAUCAGUAAUAUUCUCAUGAUAUCGGAGGGUACUUCUGGUUCAGACGUUGUGUUUACACUAAGCGAUGGAAUCCUCAGAAUCGAACUCGGCAAGGAGAUUUUUGAGCGUACAGGACUCACCGGAACUCCCAUCCGCAGUGGGGGUAGGAAACAUGGGAAAGAACGAUUCGUAAUUGAGCUUAAUUUGCGACUGCCUUCAAUGCUACAUGGCAAAAAGGGCUUCGAGCGGAUCGAACGAGCCUUCAAAAAUGUCCUGAACCAGUCUCUAGCGUGGCUCUUUUGCGACUUACACCAGGGUGACGGUGCGGCCAUUAAGAAGCAUCAUCCGCAUGUGAUCGAAGCUGUGCCCCAGCAGACCAGACUUGAACGAAUUCUCGCACCGCCAUUAUUGGGAGUGGUGUCAACCGAGAUGUCUGAAGUAGAUAUGCAAGAAGCAUGCGGGUCUCUUUCUGAAUGGAUUGCCAUGGUUCAGCUGGAAUCCCCACGCGUGUCUGCGGACGACAACAUUGAUUCGUUCCUUUGCCGUUACACGGUACCUGAAGCGGAUCAGGGGCGUACCACCAAUUUGAUCAGCUUGAAGUGGCAUGGUCUCAUUUCUGCCAUGUGGACCACGCAUCUAUUCGUUGCUUUACUGGGCCAUGCGUCAAAACUCACGGCUUCUUCAUCCUGGUUUGCUAUAUCCGCCUCAGCGCUGGGAAAGCAAGCUGUCGAGGGAAGAGACGGCUUCACCAUCGCCGCUGCCCCAAAUUUGUUGGGUGGCUCUUCUGGAGCAGAAGAGGAAAAAGAACCAAAAUCGAGAGCUCUCCAUUCUAUUUGCUGGGAGUACAUUGGGGCAACUGCUACCGCCAAAUGA